ACACGUUUCGUCAAAACUCGUUGCGAGCAAGCAGCAAACAGAAAUAGAGAGAGACCGUUGGAUCCAAAUCUCACCACUUUUUCUCUCUCUCUGUCUCUCUCGCAGAAAACGAAGAAAGAAAUGUACGUCAAAACCAUAUGCAUCAUCGUCUUCUUCGUCUUCCUCAUUGCUUCCUACUCAAUCUACAUGGGAACCGUCGAUCCGAGACCUUACUUCUCUCAGCUUCAGUCGCAACCCCGUCGUGCCUCUCCCUGUAGCAUCACCGGACGGCCUCUCCGUGUCUUCAUGUACGAUCUCCCUCGGAAGUUUAACGUGGCGAUGAUGGAUCCUCAGAGCUCAGAUGUUGAGCCUCUCACUGGCAAGAAUCUCCCGUCGUGGCCUCAGACUUCCGGGAUCAAGCGACAGCACAGCGUUGAGUAUUGGCUCAUGGCCUCGCUCCUUCACGGCGGCGGCGGCGGCGAGGAAGAGAAAGAGGCGUUUAGGGUUUUUGAUCCGGAAUUGGCGGACGCCUUCUACGUUCCUUUCUUUUCUUCGCUGAGCUUCAAUACCCACGGGAAGAACAUGACGGAUCCAGAUACGGAAUUCGACCGGCAAUUACAGGUUGAGUUAAUGGAAUAUCUUGAGAAUUCAAAGUAUUGGCAACGUUCAGGAGGUAGAGACCAUGUGAUUCCGAUGACGCAUCCUAAUGCUUUCAGGUUCCUCAGGCAACAAGUCAACGCAUCGAUCCUCGUUGUUGUGGACUUUGGGCGUUACCCCAGAGAGAUGGCACGUCUAGGUAAAGACGUGGUUUCACCAUAUGUACAUGUUGUUGAGUCCUUCACAGAGGAUGGUGGUGUUGAUACUCCGGAUCCAUUUGAGGCUCGCACUACACUUCUUUACUUCCGUGGGAAUACAGUCAGGAAAGCUGAAGGUAAAAUCCGUCUCCGGUUGGAGAAGUUACUUGCUGGUAACUCUGAUGUUCACUAUGAGAAAAGUGUGGCAACGACACAAAACAUCAAAGUGUCUACGGAAGGAAUGAGAUCAUCAAAAUUCUGUUUGCAUCCAGCUGGAGACACUCCAUCUUCAUGCCGCCUAUUUGAUGCCAUUGUCAGUCACUGCAUUCCCGUCAUCAUAAGCGACAGAAUCGAGCUGCCCUUUGAAGAUGAAAUAGACUACUCAGAAUUCUCAGUUUUUUUCUCUAUUAAAGAGGCGCUUGAACCAGGAUACAUCCUCAACAACCUCCGCCAGUUUCCCAAGGAGAAAUGGCUGCAAAUGUGGGAAAACUUGAAGAAUGUAUCUCAUCACUUCGAGUUUCAGUACCCUCCUAAGAGAGAGGAUGCAGUAAACAUGUUGUGGAGACAGGUGAAACACAAGAUCCCAAGUGUUAAGCUCGCUGUACAUAGAAAUCGGAGGUUGAAAGUCCCUGAUUGGUGGCUCUGAAGAAGAUUGAAGAAUGACAAAAAAAAUUUCAAGGUUAAGUCUUUUUCAUUUUUUCCUCCUUCCAAUACUGUACAUUAGUUGAUUCUUUCGUUACAUUUGAGUCUCAUGAUCCGUUUAUAGGCAAAUAUAUACUCUAAAACACCAAUUUUUUUAUAUAUAAACUGUGAUAGUCGCGUAAAGUUUUCUUGGUGCAUCCAAAGUUUCGGCCUUUUCUGUUAUGAUUUCUCUGAGAUUCAGAUCCUUAUGUCUCUUUAGGUUUUAGAUGAGUACAAUUGUUGUAAACUUGUAAUGGAAACGAGGGAUCGCGCUGCUUCUCCUUUCUUCUUUUGUGU